AUGGGGGUGAUGAGCGCGUGCGGCGUCGGUGCGAACGCACUGACGCACAUCUCGACGCUGGCGGGGAGCUACAAGCUCAAUACGUUGAGUACGACGACGGAAUCAGUGAACGGCGGCAACGCGCACACGAGUAUUGAAAACGCGCUCGACUACGGGAACAGCGUCGCGCACAUCAUCGCCGAGCUUCGCACGUUCACGAACAGCUCUGAUAAUUGGGACAAAAUGGAUACGAAUUACGACUCGAUGUCGAAGACUUGGGUCGAGGACGCCGUCGCCAACUAUGCAACGACGUCCAACGAGUGGACUUGGAUUUCCACUCCGAAGGUCUUGCGCGGCAUCAAUGGCGUGACUGCUGUCGCUAAUCCGUUGGAGGCGUACAUCGCCGAGGCGGUGGUUAUCGCGAAAGCGGAUACGGCCGGAACCAGGCUCGAGGCGAUGCGCGAAAUCAUCGAAAAGACCGUCUGGGACGCCGUCGGCUAUCAAGGCUCGCUGUUGGCGUUGGCGGCGGCGCAAGAAGACGUGGGUGCCGGCAGCUUGUGCACGGGUAGCUCUCAAACCGACGCUAUGAAGGCGCAUUGGGACGUCGCCGCCGCGUUACUCAUCGGUGAUGGAUAUCACUCCGUCUUGGGGCGCGCGCAAAAGCGUGGGCUCGAGUUCGGCACCAUGGGCGCGGCGGGCAUCUCCAAGCCGUACGAAACCAUCGUCAAACUCUUACGAGACGGUCAAGAAAUCGAGGGCACGAACGACAUGUGCGCUGAUUUGCACAACAUCUACGAAGACAUCGAAGCGCAGAUGCGGGUGGUGUACGCGCAAUCCAUCUUGAAGUAUGCAUACAAGAUUGACAAGAAGCUCGCGUCCGGGGCAUCCGUCAACGCCUACGACGACAUCGUCGCGGAAGGUCAGGCGAUGUACCGCGUCAUCGCCGGUGACAUGCUUCGUAAGUGCGCGACCGCUUGCAGUGGUGCCGUUGGGUUCUUCAAUACCUUCUUUGACAUCGAAAUCUCAAAGCAGAGAGGCACCUGGGAUUACGGCAAUUAUUGCACCGCCAGGACGCACGUCGUCGACUUCAUCAACACGAUGUCUUCUCACGGCGUCAAGGAGGCGUCGCUCGGCACGUACUCCGACGCCGCUUACGUGAACUGCGCGUUGGAAACGAACGAGGAUCCGGCCAGAGAGCUCAAGUCUCUCGCCGGCUCGUACUUCACGUCAGAACUCACGCACAGCAGCACCGCGCAAGCCACCGUGAGCGCGAAGACGCAGUACGCAAAGGCGUUGGGCUUGAGCAAGAACGUGGCGCACAUCGUCGCCGAGAUGGACACGUUCAUUCGCAACGAAGACGUCAGCGCCUCUUGGGAUGACAUGUCGUCUGAUUUCGUGGAAGCGUACAAGGCGUGGACCGAAACCGCGCCGUACACGUCGAACGAAUGGAACCCGCGUAUGACGCAGUACGAAUUCACCAAGGUUGCCGUGGGGUCGUCGGGCAAACAUGCGGCUACGGGUACGCCGCUUUCAGGUUACAUCGCCGAGGCCGUGACGCUCGCGAAGAGCGGUAAAAAUUAUCACGAAGCGGCCAAAGAAAUGAUUGAAAAGACGAUGUUGGACGCCGUCGGCUUCCACGCCGCGCUCAAUCACUUGAGUUAUGCUCAAAGCUCCACGGUGUGCGUGAACAAUCAAAAGUCUGCGGAUCAAGAGGCUGCGUGGGACGUCGCCGCGGCGCUGCUCAUCGGCGACGGCUACCACUCCGUCAUGGGUCGCGCGCAAAAGCGCGGCGUCGAGUUCGGCACCAUGGGCACGGCGCACACGGCGAAGCCGUACGAGACCAUCCUGAAGCUGUUGCGCUCGGGGCAAGAACAGAAGGACUGCACCGACCUCCACAACAUUUACGAGGGCAUCGAAAGGCAACUGCGCAUCGUGUACUCUCAGUGCGUCAUCAAGUACGCGUUCAAGAUUGACACGGCGCUCAAGAGCGGCGCCGUCGCGGCGUACGGGGACGACCAAGCCGAGGGCCAGGCGUUGUACCGCGUCAUCGCGGGCGACGUCAAGGCCAAGGGUACGUCGACGUUCUCGGAUGCGUACCAAUUCUUCGACGCGCUAUUCGACGUGCGCACCGCGCCCGCGCGCGGUACGUGGGCCUACGACAACUAUUGCACCGCCAUCGCCAACUUGAAGGGCGUGUUUGGUUUCACCGACUCCGAACUCGGCCAAUACCACAAAGCGUAUCACGUCCACUGCGACAUCAAGACGGAAUUCUCCAGCACGAGCUACGCCGAUUUGGUGGCGCACGUGCACGGUCUCAGCUCGGGAGGCGUGUCCACAAAGGAAAUUCGCGCCGCGGAGGCGCUCGCGGCGAUUAGCUUCAUCGUCGCCCUCGCUGGCGUCAUCGUUGGCUCCAUCGCGUUGCACAAGUCUCGGAAGAGCGGUACCACCGCGUUCAAGAGCUCGUACGUGGUGCACAACGUUUAA